GGUCACAUGGAAUCCACCUUCUGAUUUCCUCAUCUGAGAACUCCCAUUUUACAAGCUGACAGCGGUUAACCGGCUUGAUGGGACGUAGGCAAGGAGUCGCAGGGGAGAUUCGCACCUACCUAGCCCAUGAGCUCCCAAAUGGGGGCCUUCUAGACACUUCCCCUUGUCUGAGUUCUGCUUAGAUCUGUUCGCCCACCAAAGCCUAGUCGCAGCUGCUGCUUCCUUUUUGUCCAGCUGAGAAUUCUCCCUUUCAAUUCCCUUUGCCUGUACAGAAUGCUCAGUUCUGCUUCUGCUUUAUUUUAGCAGUCGAAUGCAGCAAAUAUUUAAGUAGAACAGGGAGAUAAACUUUGGGAAUCCAGAGUCUUACUCUGUCUGGCUGUGCUAGGAUCUGACUGUGUGGCCUUGGGCAAGUUUCUUGUCUUCUCUGAGCUAUAGCUUCCUUUUGCAUAACAUGGGUGAGUACCAUCUGACCAGUAGGCUGUCUGCUUCUCCCUUGCUGUCCUCCAGCAGGCUCUCCGUGGAGGCCCAGACUCCUCUGCUUCCCAUGGGCAGCUGCCAGGCAGGGCACAACCUGCAUCUCUGUCUGGCCCACCACCCACCUCUGGUUUGUGCCACUUUGAUCCUGCUGCUUCUUGGCUUCUCAGGCCUGGGCCUGGGUGGCUUCCUCCUUACCCAUAGGACUGGCCUUCGCAGCCCUGACAUUCCACAGGAUUGGGUCUCUUUCUUGAGAUCUUUUGGUCAGCUGACCCUGUGCCCUAUGAAUGGUACAGUCACGGGGAAGUGGCAAGGGUCUCACGUCGUGGGCUUACUGACUACCUUGAACUUUGGGGAUGGUCCAGACAGGAACAAGACUCAGACAUUCCAGGCCAAGAUCUCUGGUAGUCAGAUGGGAUUGAAAGGGUCUUCUGCAGCAGAGCUGAUCCUCAUCACAGCCAGAGUGGCUCCAGAAAGAACUCCAGGAACCUGUCUAUAUUUUAGUGCUGGUCCAGGAAUCCUGCCCUCCAGUCAGCCACCCAUAUCCUGCUCAGAGGAGGGAGCAGGAAAUGCCACCCUGAGCCCUAAGAUGGGUGAGGAGUGUGUCAGGGUCUGGAGCCACGAAGGCCUUGCACUCACCAAGCUGCUCACUUCGGAGGAGUUGGCUCUGUGUGGCUCCAGGCUGCUGGUGUUGGGCUCUUUCCUGCUUCUCUUCUGUGGCCUUCUCUGCUGUAUCACUGCUAAAUGCUUCCACCCACGCCGGGAGUCCCACUGGUCUAGAGCCCGGCUCUGAGGGCACUGGCCUAGUUCCUGCCUUGUUCUCAGGUGUGAAUCAACUUCUUGGGCUUUGGUUCUGAGUUGGAAGAAAUGUACAAAGAGUGAAGAGCUGGAGAGUUGGGGGGAAUAAAAGGCUUUUUUUUUUUUUUUUUGAGACAGGAUCUUGCCAUGUAUCCCUGUCCCUGGCUGACCUUGGACUUGAGGUCCCCCUGCCUCAACCUCCUGAGUGCUGGGAACUCAGACCAGUGCCAUCUCAGCCCAUUCCCUUUGUUGAUUUUUUUUUUUUUUUUUUUAGUUUGGGGAACAGGUAGGCAUAGCGCAGUUACUUCAGCUCUUUCCCGAGGUUGGAAAACAUUGGCUCUGCCAUUCAGUGUCUUGAUUCUUUCCAUGAACUUUAUGAAUAAUUGGGGGUUUGACCUAAAUACAUAGAAAAUGCUUUAAUAUAAAUGCACUGUGACCUUGGGUAAGUCAUGCAACCCUG